CCCAAAGUUGAUGGCUGUACCGUCUACAGGUACUUUGAGUUAAAAACUUGUACACUUCUAGCGGCCACUUUCUAAUGAAUCUACUGUGUUGUUCAAGCCCUCAUACUGUUUGUUUAUAUCUCAGUAUGUGGUAGAUGGCUUAGAGGAAGAUGUUGUUGAUUAUGGUACAGUUGGAACAGGAGAGAAUAGAACAAAACUUCUUAGAAUCUUCAACCAUAAUCCUAUAGAGGUAAAUAAUGCAGGAUGAAAGCAGUAUUUUGACAACAUAGAAUAAUAAUUACAACUGUAACCCAUGUGUAACAUAUCCUUGUCUAGCUUAUAUUUUGUACCAAAUUCAUUUUUUGUAAGCAGUACACAUUUUAGCCACUUAAAGCUGUAUGCAGUAAGUAAAACUACUGUCAUUAAGCUUAAGAUUUUACUGACUCUGAAAGUCAUGCAGCUUUUGUAUUAACUAGUUUUGUUACGGUGCCAUUGCAAUAGUCAAAAACCAUAACAGUGAUUACUUUUGCAUUCACAGGUCACUAUUUACAGAAUAGUAUGCAGUCUUCAGUUUGCAAGAAUUAAACUGUUAGAGACUAAAUCUUAUAAUGAUAGCAAACAUUCCAGAGCCAAUAACACUCAAUCGAGCACAGCUGACCAGACGUCAGAUGGACAAACAGAAGAUAGCAAGGUAACAGUUUCUUAUUACUAGAAGUCGUUGAAGGAUUGCAGACCUAAAGUGAACUAACCAUCUCAUUCUGAGACUAUGUUACGAGCAGAUUAUACUAACCCCCUUGUCUUGUCACUUAAACUUUUGAAUCUGCGCACGAACUCACUUGGUCAACUGCUUGUAUUUUCCGUAUUUUUGAAGGUAGAUUUUUAUGUAUUCAUUUCAGGUGUCCGUCAAACCUGGUUAUGUUGCUUAUUUUAAUGUAGAAGUUUUUGUCCCCAAGAAAGAGGGGCAGUACAUUGGGGAUAUAGAAAUGGAGACAGAUUAUGAGGUAGGGGAUGCAGUCUAAACUUAGUUAUACUACUACAUGAGAAAAUUCUGCGAUUUGAUUGGCUUAGAACAGUGCUAUUUCAGCUUAAUUUGAAAUACCUACGUGUGAAAAUUACAAAACGUUUGAGGGUAGUAGUAUAAACAAAUAAUAGCAUGAUUUGUAGUGAUAUUUGGCAUAAAUACCCUGAGUGAUAUUUCGAAAUUGUUAUACAUAAUUUCAUGAGGCGUUAGGCAAGUGAAAUUUGAGACAAUUUUGAAAUAUCACGAGUGGUAUUGGGGAUAUAGAAAUGGAGACAUAUUAUGAGGUAGGGGAUGUAGUCUAAACUAGGUAAUAACCUUGUUAUUUUGUUUGAGUGCAAUACGUACUGGUCCUUCUGCCUUAAAGUUAGGAUACUACAGUAGGUCUCUUGAUAAAUGUUAUUGUGAUUUGAUAUACUAUAAUAUUAUUUAACAUACAGUGGAAGCUGUCAUAAGCGGACACCCUUGAAACGCAAGAAAGGUGUCCCUAACUGGAGCUGACCUGUUAUGGGAAUGUAAGAAUACAGAGUUUGCAUGAGGGUUGAGAAAAAAGGGGUUUUGUGAAGGUGGCUGUAAGUAGAGCUGACCACUUACGGUAUGCAAGUAUCCAUUUCGAGAGCUUCUACUGUAAUGUGAAUCCACUGGGGUACAUGCCCCAUGCUUUUUUGGACAUUAUCAUGGAUUCUGUUACAUCCUACAAGAGUCAGAUCAGUGAGCACCAUGAGUGAGUGUUGUAAGUUGAGGCCGACAAUAUUUCAACCUUAUCUGUCACUGAUAAGGCUAGAGUGUCUAACCAUAUGCAUAUCUGUGAUCAGGGCAAAGACAGCACAUUCUGGUGUAGGUGAAAAGAGUCAAUCCAGAUUAAAAUCAAUCAAUUCAAGUCCAGCAGUAGUUUAAGAGCCAAUAUUAAUUUUUCUAUGGGUUAAAAUUGUUUAUUAUUUUUGUGUUUCAGAGGCUAUAUAUUCCCCUUCACUUAAAAUCAAUGGACGGGAAAAUAGUUUCCUCUCCCACCUCACUUAUUUUCCAACCUGGAUUUCCAGUAAGUUGUGCUAACUGGAUGACAUUUCUUCCCAGCAGAUUAUCAUAGUUAUUUAAGUGAGAUAGUGUUUGUUGGAGAUGGCUCAUGUAACUCUCAAAACUGUCUGAAACGGUGAACAAGUUUUGAAGCAGCAACAAUACAGGAAAAUUCUCGAAGAAUAAUUAUUUUUUGUUGGAAAUAUCAGGGCUGAGUUGCUCUAAGCAUGGUUAGCUUUAACCAUUGGUUAAGCAGCAUCAAAACCAAUACGUUGUCAAGGUAUUAAACACUGGUUAACGCUAACCAUGCUUCGAGCAACUGGGCCCAGGAAGCUAAGUUUAUGGGAGAAAUUAAUUAUUAAUUUUAUUGCCUGUAACGGAGGCAAGAUCAAGUGGUAGUGUGAACGGAUAAUAUUCAUCUUUCAAAUGUGCUGAUCUUCUAUAAUUUGCUAAUUAUGUUAUGUGGUAUCUCUGUAUUGUAUUGGUGUGCAUCAACAAGGUAAUACAUGAUGCAUUUCUUUCAUUAUUCCCUAGGGUCAAAUUGUCAACCAUAGUCUCACACUUCUCAGUUCCUUUUCCAACACUCUCAGACUUGUUUCAGUCAAACCUUAUCCUUUGGAUGAUAAAUUUUCAUUUGAACCUUCAAGCUCUGAUGUACAGUUACUUCCAAAUCAGAAAGUUCAGGUUUGUGCUUCAUACAAGAGUUUUAAAGUGUAUGUUUUAUAGUUGAGUUAGUUUACAUAUGCUUGGUUCUAGAGUUAUGUAAGAGCCAACAAGUUUAGUUCAACGUGAGUUGAGUUUUAUUUAUGGUCAACAAAACCAAGCCUACAACUUACUACAUGAUCAUAAUCACUGUAUUUGCAAGCCAACUCUAGUGAUAUGUAAGCACUGAAAACUUAUCCCAUUGUGGUGGUGAAUUUUCUAGUUGCUUCUCAACUAAGUAAAUAAAAAAAAUAAAUGACUGUUUAUCAAAGAAACUCAUUGCAGCAAUACAUUGUACACAUGAGCCUGAAUUACAGAGCUACUUACAAUUGUAUAAUAAUGUGUACAAAUGUAGAUAAUAAAUGGCAAACCUAUGUAAAAAUUUAGUAACUAACAGCAAGUAAUACUUAAAGGGAACCUCCACUCUUACUACAGAAUAAGAAUAAAAUUAUGUUGAUAAACAAAUUUGUUCGAAAUUUGUCCUUAAAAAAGUGUUUAUAUCAGGAAAAGUGAAUUUUAAAAUCGCUUAUUUUCACUUUCAAAUUUCGCGGGCACCGCCAUCUUGAAUAAUUGUGACGUGUUAUGGUUGCUCUAUUGUUUGACACAAAGAGCUUUUGUUUAAUAACAAUAGGGCAACCGUAACACGUCACAAUUAUUCAAGAUGGCGACGCCUGCAAAAUUUGAAAACAAAAAUAGGCAAAUCUAAAAGUCAUUUCUUUCAGAUACAAACGCUUUCUUUAAAAAUAUUUUAGAUUGACUUGACUGUAACAGUUAUUUCCUGUGAUUUAAAGUUAUCUUUUUGUUGAAGUGGAGGUUCCCUUUAAAAGUAACAAAAUCUUGAACGGCUUGGUCGUACAAAUUGGGCGUAAGCGGUACAUUGUUGGUAGCUCCUGACCUCAGAUGAUAAUUAUGCUGAACUUCCUUCAGUUUAGAGAGAAUGAAGUGUAAUGGUCAAACUGAAUUUGUCUGUUUUCCGACAGCACAAGGCAUUGGGUUUCUCUAUUUAAGCUUUAACAAAGUACUUGAAGAAAUAUAAUUUAUUGCCUAGGGAGCUCAAAUGCUAUGAACCUCUAAAAUCAAGGGUGCACUGCAUUAAAGUUUGCUGAAAUUACUAAAUCAUGUGUCCGCUAGGCAACUGUACACUGCUAAAGCUCAUUCCUUGAGGUGUCCCUCCCCCCUUACUUAAUGUAGUGUAGUCCAGGAAGGCAGAAUGACUAUAUUUUUAUUUUCCUUGUUUCCAGGUUGGACAAUUAUUUUAUAAUCCAAUGAAAGGCUGCAAAAAUCAUUGCUAUACAGGCAUAGAAGAAGGUAAGGAUACUAUCCAUUUUGUCCUCUAUUAUUUGAGUAAGGGUAUUUAACCUUGUUUGAAGCACACAGUUACUGGACUUUUGACUUCAUCCUCAGCUUUUGUACUCAUCCUUUACAUCAUAAAUAAUAAUGACAGUGUUAUUAAAAGGGAAGUGUUGGAUUACAGUGAAAAGUUGUUUUUUGUUUGCUGGAAACCAGAUAUUUGUUUGUCUCACCGUUAACUUUGGUUAAACUGGGGCUUUUAUUAUAACAACAAGUAUUCCACAUUGUAUUUGUAUCUAAAACUGGUUCAUAGUCAAAGAAAAGGGAAAAUGACAGUGUAAAGGAUAGCAUUUUAUCGGUGACAAAAACAAGAAGUUAUGCUAUCAAGCAAAAUAUUGUACUGAUAUUAUUGUUUUGUAGGUGAAAAGUGGUUGUCAAGUUUUUCAUUGCCUCCAAAUAUUGGGGAAAUAGAUGGCCGUCUAAUGGAAAAAAAUCAAAAGAUGUUCUCUUCUUUAGAACGUGCAGGAAAACUUAAGUAAGUUAUUAAGAUUGCCUGAUAGUAAAAAAAAAAAACCACACACAUUGACUUGCUGGCUCAGAAAUUUAUUUAUCCACGUUUGGUGAUCAACGACACUCUAUCUUUGUAAAUAGAUUUUUGGAAAAUUGAAAUGACUUUUGGCCAGAUGUUAGAGAAUGGACUCUUGGGCAAAGUGACCAUAAAAUUCUUUGCUCUGUAUAUUCACAAACAAAAUAACACUCUCUUCUUGCUUUUCUUUUACAGAUUAAAUAUAUCUCUUAUAGUAGACACAGAUAUAGUUAAAGGAUUUCGAAUCCCAGCACAAGCAAGCCUCUCAUGGCCAUCAUUUUCAUCUGACAAACCUGUCAAGUUUCCUCUCACUCAUCUUGGAAACUCCUCAACUAAGUUCAUCAUGCUUGAGAACCCAGCAGAUGUACCAGUCGUAGCCCAAAUUGUUCCAUUCUCUGUAUACCCACAAGCUUUAUGGGAUUUGUUAGCUGAUAGGUAAGGAGUUUCCGUUCAGUUCUGAGUAGGACCACACCAGUCUAUAACUGUGGUCUGGACAGUUUGUCUUUAUAUUUUGCAAGAAAACAUUCGUGGUCAAGUGGAAGCAGAUGGAUGAUAUUUAAAGUACUGUUAAAACUCCUUAACCUGGACACUCAAGGCUGUAGUCUAAGAAAAAUUGAAGGGGGCUGAAUGUUCUAAACCUGUUAAAUCAAAAGGUGCCCAGCAUAUUAUGAAGAAACUAAGAUUUUCUAGUCAUCCGGGAGCAAAAUUUAGGUGCCUGGGGCCACUCGGUAUUGCUAGAUCACAGCCUUGACGCUAUGGGAACAUCGUCUAGUGUUCGUCACAGAGGUGUCAUUAUGAAGUUUAGUAUUUUCAGGGCCAAAAGGGAUGUCUGUUAUAGAGAACUUGGUGUAUGACUGGGGUUUUGAAUAUAUUUUCCAAAUAAACAGGUUCUCAGUUAUGGUCUAAUCAAGUCACUUAGGACAUUUAGAAAUGAUGAGCUUAAAGUUGUGGCAAGAUGUGGCGGCUGAGUCUGGUAUAAGACAGUGAAUUUGUAGACUACGAGUAGUCCCCCAUUUUUCCUCAGGGAUAGUAGAGCGAGCGAAACGCGAGCGCACGUGAAAAUCACCCCCACACGAGAAAAGGCGACACGCGGCGGGAAGAGAGAAAAAUGAUAAAAAAAAAAUGAAAAUCAUUUUUCUCUCUCCCCACCGCGUGUCGCCUUUUCUUGCGUGGGGUGAUUUUCACGCGUGCUCGCGUUUCGUUCGCUCUACUAUCCCUGAGGAAAAAUGGGGGACUACUCGUAGUCUAGUGAAUUUGUGCCAAGCACUGUUUUCGUGUUUUGCCUAACAGAUGUACUAAUGUAUUUCUCUGCUCAGGUUUGAUACAGAAGCUUUUGGAUUUGAUCCUGGUGAAAGUACUUUUUCAAUUCCAACAGAUGAGGUAUGCUACAACUGUCACUUUUCAGGGGAUAAACUGGCAAACUGAAUUUCUUAUAAGACUGUUUGUUACCUACCCGUCUCAAUACCCAACAUUUUGUUCUUAGGGACUUGGUCAAGUAGAUGCACCCUUGUUGUUCUCUAAUUUUAAACAAUCACCCUAGCCUGCUUUGCAGUAGCCUGCCCCAGGCUCUGAAAUAGUCAGGUCCAUGCACGAAAUUAAGAAAUGCAAACACGCCCACCUUUCCCAGAUCACUUACGCGUCAUCCCUACUAUCUGAGAGCCUGAAUCAGGCUAGCUUUGUAGAUGUAACGUAACCCUGGCUUGUAAUAUAUGUGAAUCAGUGCUGAGGUCCUUGUUCCGGGUUCCCAACAGACUCAACGAAUUACCAGUAGUUUGUUUCGAAUUUUCCUUCAACCUGAUUGGCAAGUGAACAAUGGCUUUUUAACAGGCCAACCAUGGCGAUUGGUACACAGGUACGCAGAACAAGGAUUUCAAUGCUGGUUUGCUGGUGGACUUAACCAGAGGUUUAAUUUUGUCUCUGGGUCAUCCUCCUUUCUUUUGUUCUUCAGCUUUGAAUGGUUAUUUGGCUUUUCAGUCAACAGUAGUGUAGUUGUCUAAAACGCGCCAUGUAAUGACUUCGUUUUCAUUGCUGUUUCAGUGUGAUGCUUCCAUUACAUCCACAUCUGUGUUGGAUGAUAGCACAGUUCCUUCUCCUGGGACUGUGGUAACUGUUAUAAAACCACGCUCCUCUGUUAGGAUACCUGUCAAGUUUCAUCCAAGAGAUGAACGUCUAAGAACAUCUGUAGUCCUGAUAAGGUAACACUCUAUUUAAUCUUUAUCUUCUGUACUUGUUUCUUGAACCUUAGCUUGUCCUGCUUUGACCCUUUGUGCAAAUUUAAAUAAUUCUGAAUUCAAAUAACUCUGAAGCUUCUGAAACAGUUAGUCUCAAUAUUAUCACUUGAAAAAGGCAGUUCAAGAGUUUUGCUGGUGAGCAUUAGAUCCCAUCGGCCCAAAACCCCUUGCACUCCUUAUGAAGUGUACAGAAGAUAAUUUUAUUAUUCCUUAUCGCUUCGGUUUCAUGUACUAACUUUAUUGAUUAGCAUUAAGCACUGACAAAACUGAUUAGGGUUAAGCACAAACAAUACCGAUUAGGGUUAAGCCCUGAGAAUAGAAAUUUGGGUUAAGCAGUGACUCGAAACAGUUAGCUUCUAUUUAGGGUUAGGGCUGUUGCUGUAUAGUUUCAAUUUGAACCUCAGCAGCGAAUCUUCAGUGGUGUAGUGGAAGAGUUGGUGGACAGCAGACACUAUACUCAAGGUUUGAUUCUUACUCAUGCUGCUCUGAAUUAUGAGACUUGCACUUUCAUGAACAUUUACUGAACAGAAAGUUUUUCAAGAGACUAAAAAAAGUACUAUGUGUGUAAACUUCAUAAGGUGUUUUAGGAGAUUUAAGCCGAUGGGAUCUAAUGCUAACCUGUUUUGAUUAGCUUAGAAACCAUGAUAUAUUUUUUGAGUCAUCUUACAACUCCCCAGAAAAUGUGGCUCAAAAAUUGAUUCUCGGUGAUGGUAUUUGUUUGCAGGAACAAUCUCACAGUUUUAGAUGGCAUUGUAGUGCAAGGACAAGGAGCCCGGGGCGAGUUUACUUUGAACGGAAAGAGACCUGGGUCCCACAGUACCUUACUGUUUGAAAUUAAACCCAGUCAGCUGGCCGAGUGCCACAGUAAGUCAGUGCAUGCUCAUAGUAGACUUAGUUUUUAUUUUAAAAUUUUAAAAUUAAGGUAGUAAAAGCAUUCAUACACAGUGUUUUGAUGUUGCCAUGGCAUCACGCUCAAGUGACAAAAUGAAAAUUCAAAGUGAAUUCGUUCACACGUAAACAGUGUUAGGUUAAUGUGUUCCGUCUGGUUCACCUCACACUGUAUAUAUUCAAUCAGUUUGAAUUUCUAUUUUUUUCUUGUAAAGGUAUUGUCAUGGUCUCUUCGAAGGAUUGUGGUUUACAUUUCCUGUAUCGCUCUUGUGGGCAGUAUUUUCUUCUCAUAUCUCGUUGGAAAUGCGUGGUUACCCCUAAUUGUCUUUGUGGAUUUCUUACUGAAACCUUUUUUACAUCUCCGCAAACGUCCACUGUAUAUUUCACCAUUGCAUUAUGUCGCACAGUUUUAAGGAUGUUUUUUCGUUUUUUUUUUUUUGAUAAUUGUUUUUCUUUAGAAGAAGCCCCUCGUUCACGGUCGUUGCCGUCUUUAUCAGUAAUGAAGACAUUAACAGCCAUCAAUCCUGGACAGCUGGCUGUGUUCAUUAGCUCACUUAGUAUCAAUGGCUAUGAGUGUGAGGGAUAUGGCUUUAAAAUCAUGAAUUGCAAGUCUUUUGUGCUCAAGCCUAACACAUCGAGGAAGAUAGAAAUCACGUAAGUGUGUUCUAACCACAGUCAGUUGGCAAAGUAACAGUGGUUCGUUACCUUUUAAGAUUAGUGCUCUUGAGCUAGCUUCGUUUGUUUUCCAUUUCACAGCAUAUGAUGUUACCCUGGGACACUCCUUAUGUUGAAUUUGAUCCUAUUCACGUGUUUUUGAACGAGACGAAGACGAAAUUAUUGAAAAGAUGAAGGCAAAAUUACUUUCCUUUUAACGCGACUGGAAGUGGGUCGUCUGGAAAGAACAGCAUGUUGUCUCUACAAAGCUAUUAAUCGUCGUAACACAUCCUUUUUUACCGUUUCACCUCUGUGCUUGGUAUAUUCUAUAAUUUUUGUUUCGUUAUUAAUCACGUUUUUUAUCUUUUUAGGUUUACACCCGAUUUUUCAAUGUCCAGAGUAACUCGGAAACUGGAAGUCAAAACCACUUUAGGACCUGUAAUGGAGUUUACACUAGUAGCGACAAUCCCUACCCACCUCCUCCCCCUGUGUGCGUCUUCCUUGGGACAUAAUUCCUGGGAGCCUCUCUUGCGAGGAGCCGUCGUUGUUCUCAUGGGCGUUGUCUUCUUGGGGGUUGUUAUCGCUGCUUAUGCUGAGGCGCGUAGACUCGCGUUUCUUUCGCAUCCUGAAGUGCAACUUUUACAGAUGAAAGAGGAAGAUCGAGCGCCGAUAUUUGACUUAAAUGCGAUCGCCGGGGUCAAAAAGAACAAGUGAGUCCUACUUAACUCUCUCAAGAGAGACCAACAUCAAUUUUCCCCGAACAGUAUCCAUGCAUCCUCAGGAGAAAUGGUUAUGAGAAUAAAAAAAAUGAUCAUCAAACUAAUUCUGUAAGGAAAUGUAUGGAGAUCAGUUUGGGGAAUUUGUAUGUGGGUAUUGGGGCUUAAACUCGUCUCUGAUUGAUUGUAUUAACUGGACUUGUUACAUAUCAUGUCUGGUCACUCAUGAUACCUUUUAAAUGAAGAAAUAUCCUUGGUUUUUGUUUCCCCAUACUUUAUAGUUAACUUUGCUUUACAUUUUCAAAGUUCUAGCCUGCGUGGCUGCCUCGUGGCUGGCGUUCGAAAGGAAAAGGAAAGUGAAUUUGGGCGCGAGCCUUACCGUCCCCCUUUCGCGUCGUUCGCGCUUCUCUCGCGCUCGAAAUGCCCUUCCACUUUCCUUUCAAGCGCCUGCCAAGCAGGCUAUAAAUAUCCACCCGAGUCUUAUAAAAGUCCUGGGAAAGUGAUUUCUUAGUUCUCGUGGUAGGAAACCUGUUCGACGUCUUGACUGGGCAGUUGGGAGCGUAAGCAACGACGACGGCGACGUCAACGAGAACGGCGAGAAACCAAUAGGUUUAGAUUGGCAAAACAACUCUUCACGCGCAGCACGCUUUUUUGUAUAUUUCUUUAGAGUCACUGCACGACGACGACGUGGCGACGGGAACACAAGUCAACGACUUUGUUUUUCUUUUUCAGAACUUCGGUAGAUUCUUACAACACCUGAAAAAAUUGCCAACAUUUGACGAUUUCACCGAAAUCAAAUGGAACAAGGGCAAUAGAAUUUGAAGCAGCGGGAUUCCACUUUUAAGCGACGUUUUCGUAGCCGUCGCCGUACGUCGAUGCCUAAGCUCCCUAAUGCUUUGUCCCGGGUUUUGUCAUGUACAGUAAUUCUUUUCUAUAUCUGGUGUGUUUAGGAUUCCUGUAAAAGACGAACCAACAGUGGGGCAAAAGAGAUCAAGAAGAGACACACGUGACAGUAGAGAAACAACGCCGGUAAUGGCGGACAGACCUUCGAGCAGUGACAACACAACUAAUGCAAGCUUAGCCAAUCACUCACCUACAAAUAAUAACAUAAAAACACCAUCAGCUAGUGGGACACGACAAGAUACUACCGGGACUCGAAAUCGAAAUGCAAGAACUGAUGCAUCUGGGAAAAAUCAGUCAAACACGCUUGAAAAUUGGGACUUCAGAGGUGCUAGAUCAACCAGCCCUCCUCUGGAGAGUAAAACAUUUUCUGGCAUGAAAGAUAGCAAAUUAAAAAAUGUAGCGGUAGUAAAGAACCCAACGGACGCUGUAGGAAACACAAGUCGAAAGGUUACUGAGGCAAAGAAAGCAACCACGGACGAGAGCAGAAGAACGGAGAGAAGCAAAUCCCACCCUGAAAAUCUUAAUGACGAAAUUAUAAGUGUAGUUGUUCCAAAUAAGUGUGAGUCAGCACCCAAAAGGGAUUUGAAAGACUCUAAAGAACCAAAGGGAAAACAGAAACGAAAGUUAAAAGCUUUGAACAGGAAAGAUGAGAAGGACAAAAAAGGCAAGACGAAAGAAAGUACAGCAGCCAAGAGCAAGGACGAUGAAGGUGUCAUGUCUGAUGACAGUUGUAGUGAUGGAUCGUCAGACAAGUCUGUACCUGAAGUCAGGAUACAACAGCCAUCAAAAGAAGGAAACAGAACUCAUCAACUGGUCAGUGCUAGUCGAGAGACACUGGACAGUGGGAGUGGAAAAGACAGAGGAAAGAACCGUAAAAGUGGGACAGAGAAUGCAGGUGCGAAACCCAAGAAAGGAGACGGCCAGUCAGCGAGCAGCGCCGGGCGACCAAAGAAUUUAGAUGUUCCAGCCAAGAACCAGAACGUUGGACAACACGGCAAGAGUCAAAACAACUCGAGCCAUCUUGAGAGCGGAAAGACAAGCGACAUGCAGCAUCCAGGCGCAACUUCACCUCAUGCCAUCGCUGCGGCUGUCAUGUCACUAGCGUUGGGCAAGAACAUGCAGGCGCCAUCCAAAGAGAACAGCUUUGACGAGCACGAACUCAGCAAGAGGAAAGCGUACACCAAGACAUCUUCGUUGUGUACCAAUCUGUCGGACUCGCCUCCUCCCACCUCUCCCACCCAGCUCAGCGGAAGUAGUCGGAGUAGCAGUUACAGCAGUAUUGUUAGCAGUGACAGUUCAAAUGGUACGGAGCAGGUGAAACAAUCAGGAAGAAAGGGAAACAAGUUACGUGUUAAGACCACUAAGUCUCUACCCAUGGAGGGCGGGACUAGUCCGACUUGGACCUCUGCAGGUAACACGAUAUGGAACAUCAACGUAAUUAAUCCCGUUAGGUCAAGUCACAAAUAGCCUGUGACAGACCCCGAUCCCCUAAGGAAAAACCCCUUCUCCGAUUUUUCAUUAGGGGAGUGGGGAUCUGUACACAGUUUAGGUCACACAAGGCAAACUUCCCGUACAGAGCAAGUUGUGUGAACAAACUGCCCAGAGUAAAAUAUCCCGCACAUUAAUUCUCCCUCAGUUUUUUUCCCGCAAUUGUUGCAAGAAAUACGCGAAGCUCAUAGGGUUAGUGCAGAAAUCCAUUUCUUACAAGGCAGUUGUUUUUCUUCCAUUUGUCCUAAAACGUUAACACCAUUUUUUUUGGCAGUGUUGCGAAUUUGCUUCUCUCUUGAGAGAAAAUACAUUAGUUUUGUCUAGAGGAAAAGUUGACGCAUAUAUUGAUAUAUAUCUGGAUGUAGCCAAUAAGAAGCGAGAUGGUGUGAAUGGAUUUGUUUUUAUGAUGGAAUUGUGUUCAAUGUUCAAUUUUCCUCUCUGUUAGGUGGCAGAAAAUCUGGUAAAACGGGAGAAGACCUUGGCCUAUCCAACCUGAGACGCAGCCCCUGGGCCCUCCCUUCAGAGCCUCCGUUGGCACGCCGCAGCCCUGUGGGUGAGAGACCGGAUAGAAUUGUUUCUUCCCAGUAUUUGCCGACUUCCCGCUCGCCUUUACUAGACAGUCAUCCUUUCCGACGUAAUAGCCUGAAGAAGCAAUCGUCGUUAGAGGAGAAGGUGCGUCCGUUUGACCUGAGUGAUUUGGGAUUGUUCGAUAGUGGUGCGACGCGCAACAGAGGUUACCCAACUGGACAUUCUAAUCUGUGGAAGACCAACGACAAAUGCUUCAACAACCCCGACAGCCUUUUCAGCUCAUCUUCACUUGCAGCCGAUGAUCAGUUUCACGGCAAGAGCACGUGGCCUUCGAACAACUGGGUGAAUUUCUUGGAUGCUAGUAAUGUCAACGGUGGUGCCGUGAACAGCAACAAAACCAUGGCCGAGAUCUGGGAUGCAGGGCAGUCGCCUCUUGACAGUGAUGGAUGGUCUAUUUAUCCGCCUACUGCCUCUCCCGUUCCUCCUGCCAGUUCUGAGGCUGAUGCCGUAGAUGCUUUGUUCAGCCAGAUGCCCGCUGACUGGUCCGGUGCAGCUGCGGGGCCCAAGUCUCCGUUCAGCACUCAAGAAGUGACCUGGACCCCACCACCUGAUGUGUCCUCCAUCUGGAGUAGUGGAUACUUGGUGCCCAGCUCCACAGCAGAGCCCCUUCCCACCUUAUCUGCAGCUUCGUAUGUACCCUACACGGUGCAGCCACCGCAGAACCAAGAGUCUCCUGUGCAGCCCUCCUUUGAGCCCCUGGGCUCCCUGGGGAGUAGCAUCUGGAAUCCUACUGGUGUUACAUCUACUUGGUCCUCCACCUCAGAAUAAGAUCAUCCCAAGUGCUCUUCAAACCUCUUUUACUAUAAAUUUGAUGAUUUUCAUUUGCAUAAUAUCAUAAAUUUUGUAGCCUGAAAAAACAGCCGACAUUUCUCGACGGCACCACCGGUCUCCCCUUAAAAUGGUAUCUUAGUAACAAGUGGUGGCGUCGCGAUAUGUCGGUUGUUUUCUCAGGCUAUUAAUAGAGAGCUUUACAUUCAAGGACGACUACGAGUGCGAGAUUUUCUCAAUACUAAGUAGUGUACGCUCGCGAGCCAGCGUCAUUUUGGUGGGAAAACGUGAUAGCCGUCGUCAUUCUACAACGAGUUUUACCUCGAAUGUCACAGUGGCGGGAACAAGUUAUCAAAUGUUAGAAGUUGUAUGGUUUUGCUAUCGGGAGAGGGCUUAAC